AAUCAGUACUACCAGCGAUUUACUGACCCUACGAUUGCUUGAUCAUUGUGCAAACAUUGGAAAGUGCCAACUUGGCCAAGCUCGUCACAAUGUAAUGAGGCUACCUAAAGUUGAAAGACAAAUAACGUCAGCUGAUUCAGCACUGCUACCAAAUCCAAAUGGAAGAAGCCUGGUCAUAACAAAAUCCCGGAAACACAUAAACCUAAAUUUGCUUUUCGUCUCACAGACAGACGACACUAUUUAUAGUCUAAAAGAAGCAACUCGCUUCGGACCCGCGUACAGUAAACUAAGAGAAAUGCAAGGAAACGGUACAUAUAGAAUUGCGCACGCUCCAGCUGUGAGCAGAACAGGAAAUAGUAAUACGAAUGAUCCACUUGAUUUGAUUAUAGCAAAAAGGAAAAAGAAAGAGCUGGCCGAUCCUGUAAUUGCAGAAGCAAUUUUGACCGCAUCCAAACUACCACCGCCUCGGAUUCCUGAGGCACGAGACGACGCAACCGUACCAGAGGAGAUUCAGCAACUUAUUUCCUUCGGGCAUGAUACAGAAAAAGACAACGAAGAAAAUGUUGCUUUUUUCCGGCAUUAUCCGCUAUUUAUUAAUCAGCACCCUGUCUCCUCACACGUGAAAAGAACUCCUUCUUUAACACGGUACGGAAAGUUUAAGCGAAAGUGGUUUUUCGGUCGGUUUCAAGCUGACAAAUUUCGAGAAGUUGUUAAUUCGAAACCACCUGCUGAAACGCGACAGGAUUUGCUGGUACAACCGGAAGUGCACAGUGACGAGGAUUGGUUCAUGGAAAGUUGCUUACACAUUGUCUGUAUAAUGCUGAUUGUGCUUACCCUGCCCAUAUCACUUAUAUUUUGCUUAAAGGUUGUGGCUCACUAUGAACGUGCUGUGCUGUUUCGGCUCGGUCGCCUGGUUUCCGCAACUGCACAAGGACCAGGUCUGAUCAUUGUGUUACCUUGCCUCGAUCGAUAUCGUAUUCUGGACCUGCGCACGUUCACUUUUGAUGUACCAACUCAAGAAGUACUUACGAAGGACUCUGUUACUGUUGUAGUCAACGCAGUGGUAUACUACCGUGUACGGGACCCGGUUAGAGCGGUUGUCAAUGUUGAGGAUGCGAACAGAGCGACGCGAGUUCUAGGGCAGACAACGCUUCGGAAUGUGCUUGGAACUGUUAAUUUGGAUCAGCUUUUGACAGCUCGUGAGGAUAUCGCGGCUCUAAUGCAGGAAUGUUUGGACUCCGUCACCGAAGCUUGGGGUGUGAAAGUGGAACGAGUGGAGAUAAAAGAUGUUCGACUUCCAAUCCAACUACAACGGGCGAUGGCUGCCGAGGCUGAAUCCGUGCGUGAAGCCACUGCCAAAGUGAUCGCCGCGGAGGGAGAGAAGCAGGCCUCAGGAGCACUGAAAGCCGCUGCCUUUGAAAUUAAACAGCAUCCGAUUGCGAUGCAGUUGCGAUAUCUGCAGGCUAUGAAUAGCAUUUCGUCGGGAAAGGAAUCGACAAUAAUAUUUCCAGUACCAUUGGAAUUGGUCUCAUUUCUGCAAUCUCCGUUUGCUUGCCAUAAUUAUUUAACAAAAGAUUUCAACGAGAACAAACAAAGCGAAAAUACAAAAACAACGGACGACGAGAGGGAACAAAAAAUUAGGUCACAUACCACCUUUCAAUCAGCUGUAUCUGAAGAGUUUUUCUUAAAUGAAGGCAUGGAUUCGUCAGCACUGAUAGUUUAACAGUGCUGUCAUUAGAAAUGUAUAAUUUUUCUUACAAUGUACAGUGAUUAGUUUCUGCAUGAUUAUGUAGCAACAUACUCAGAAAUGCAAUAAAAUUGAGUGGAUAAAAUUUUGUUGAAUAUGAA